CAGAAAUAGACUUCUCUCUCCAGCUCCGUGGACGGGAACACACAUUUCUGAAGUCCCCCAAAGAAAAGAAACAAACUCGUCUUUGCGUAUUACAAUAGCUGUACACAAAAGUGAGGAUGAUUUUCAUCUCAUCCGAAAAACUGAAUGGACGUUUAUGCCCGGGUGCUUCAUAAGGACAUCUGAAUCCUCAAUGUGACUUUUACGCAUCUCCGGAAGACAGGUUUCUACACGAGGAGGUUCGGAGAACACCUACUACUUUUUAAACUACUUUUUAAUAAUGCAACAUCCUCUGGAGAUUGGGGCGCAUUACUAUCCCCCGGAUGCCCAUCCAGACCAAAGGUCUCACAGGUACAGGAGUUUCAUGAUUGAAGAGAUUCUCACCGACCAUCCGGAUCACAAGGUAUCGAGUCCCGCUGGAGACCUACUCAAAUUUGGAGUACAUGCCCUUCUGUCGGCCAGACCAUAUCACAACCACUUAGUACUGAAAGCAGACCAGACAAGCAUCCUGAAGUUCCCAAUGUCUCCUAUAUCCUGCUCUCUCGGGGCGCCGCUGGGCUCUUCGUUUUUGUCCGGGGCAGCUGGUCUGCAGCUGGGCUCAUCAUCCCAUCAUCUCCCGCUGGACCUCCACCUUCGGAGUAAACUCGAUCCUGGAGGUGAUGCAGUGAGCAAGACUAAGAAAGGACGAAGAAGUAGGACUGUGUUUACCGAACUACAACUGAUGGGUUUGGAAAAAAGAUUUGAGAAACAGAAGUAUCUCUCAACCCCUGACAGAAUAGACCUGGCAGAGUCUUUAGGCCUCAGUCAGCUUCAAGUCAAAACAUGGUAUCAAAACAGAAGAAUGAAAUGGAAAAAAAUCGUGUUGCAAGGAGGAGGACUAGAAUCUCCGACCAAACCAAAGGGCCGUCCAAAGAAAAACUCCAUACCCACCAGUGAGCAGCUCUCGGAGCAGGAGAGGACUCGAGAUGCGGACCGUUUAUCCGACGAUGCUUCAUCACUUUCUGAUGCAAACCAAGAGGAAUAAACGAGACCAUCCCGAUUAGUACUUUCGUUUCCAGGACGCAAACAGGGCCAUUAUCGGCCGCUGUGGAUCGUUGCUCAACGAACCCUUUAUUUCGGCACUUACACACAGAAAAGACCUAACCACUAGGCCUGAUUUUAUACUACAUACGUUAUGUUUGUUUGAUUACGCCAACUUUGGCAGCCUUAGAAAAGUUACUACGAACUUGUGGGACCAGACUCCGAGCAGUGGUUGAAUGGUCUUUUUUUUUUUUUUAACUCUGCA